AGUCUCCGCUGUGCGGGUCAGCGAGCGGACUGCACCGGCUGCGGUGCCCCCUCGGGAAUGUGACUGGCCGGCGCCUGGGAGGCUUGGCGGCUUGGCCGUGCGUCUUCUCCGCCUCUACCUUUCCUCUUCUCCCUUUGCUUUAAAAAAGAAAGAAAGAAAAGAAAACCCAGCAAGUUCCAUCAGACUGGAGACACACUCCAGAGGCUCCCGCGACCGUGCAGCUUCUUUACAGGCGACGGCGAAGGCACCGGUAGGAGUCGCCGGGAGCUGCUCCGGGUCGCGUGUCGGUUCGGAGGAAUCCCGCAGCCCUAGCCGCUGCUUGCAGCCCCGCUGCAGGUUGUGGCUCCCGGAGCCCGUGCCCGGAUCCGAGGCUCGGUGCGGACCGCGCCAGCAGCCUUCUUCCACCAUCUACACUGCAACCACUGUCUCCUCCUGCGCUCCUGCUCCAGCUUCUGCUCCGACACAGCCGGGCUGGGCUGGAGCCAGGCUCCGCAAUCCCAGCUGCCACCCUAGAGCCUAGGCUGGGGCCGGUGCUGCAGCCAAAGGCGUCUGGAUCCCAAUGAUCUUGAGAUGCAGCUCAUGAGAAUGGCAUACUACAACUGAGACGAUGCCUUCCUUCUAUUAUAGAUGAAUACAAUGCGAGCUUUGGCAAAGAGACUUCCAGCACGUUUCAAUGAUUGGAUUCUGUCAGAGGAAGGAUUACAUGAAUUCAGCUUCCCAAAACAACACUGAGGGAUCUAUCAUUUCUGCUGCUGAUGUCUGAAUGCUUGGAGGACUAACUGCUCAACCCUGCUGGUACCAGUUCCUGAGACCAUCAUGGGACCUGAAGGUAGCCUUCUGCAUAGUGGACAGGUGCACAUCAUCAUCUGGGGGAGUUUGGCAGCUGUCACAACUUUCCUACUCAUUACCUUCCUCAUCUUUCUGUGCUCCAGUUGUGAAAGAGAAAAGAAGCCAAAACAACAAAAUGGUGACCAUGAGAACCUGAUGAAUGUGCCUUCAGAUAAGGAGAUGUUCAGCCAUUCAGUAACCAGUCUGGGUACUGAACUUCCUGUCAGCAGUGAACAAAAUGGGGGCCUUACCAAUGGAGACAUUCUUUCAGAAGACAGUACCAUGACGUGUAUGCAACAUUACGAAGAAGUACAGACUUCUGUUUCUGACCUGCUGGAUUCCCAGGACAGUACAGGAAAGUCAGCAAAAUGUCAUCAAAGUCGAGAAUUACCUAGAAUUCCUCCUAAUGAUUCCUUGGAUACUAUUCUUACCACGAGAAAUGUGGACAGUGACCAGGGUCUUGGGAUGGAAGGACCAUAUGAAGUUCUCAAAGAUAGCUCCUCCCAGGAAAACAUGGUGGAAGAUUGUCUGUAUGAAACUGUGAAGGAAAUAAAGGAAGUGGGAACAGCAGCCAACCUAGAAAAAAGCCAAAAUGGAAGACCAAACUCUGUAACCGCCUUUAAAGAGAUUCAGGGCCCUCACCCUGUGAACAAAGUUGAGUCUGCGGAGUAUGCUUCUGUGGACCGAAAUAAAAAAAGUCGACACAGUGUCAAUGCAGAGAGUGUGCUUGGAAAUUCCUUGGAUGUAGAGGAAGAAGCCCCACCACCUGUCCCUGUAAAACUCCUUGAUGAGAAUGAAAACGUGCAGGAUAAAGCAGAUGGGGAGGCGGCAGAUAAAGGGACCACAGAGGCUACUAGUCAAAUCAACAAGAGACUUAGUUCGCUGUCUUACAAGUCUCGAGAGGAAGACCCAACUCUUACAGAAGAAGAGAUUUCUGCAAUGUACUCAUCUGUAAGUAAGCCAGGCCAGACUCUUAAAGUGCCAGAAUCCACUUACUCCUGUAUCCAAGAUAUAGCUCCAAAGAGAUCACCAUCUUCUGGGAAUGAUCUCUAUGCUACAGUACGGGAUUUUGAGAAGAACCCAAACAUCAGCAUGCCUCCCCCAGGAGUCAAUUCAAAUGGAGAGCCAGAGCCUGACUAUGAAGCAAUCCAGUCCUUGAACAGGGAUGAAGAAAAGAUCGCAUCCAUGACUAAUGGUAACCACAUCGCUUUUCCAAAAGAGAAUGACUAUGAGAGUAUUGGGGACUUACAGCACAGCAAAGACAUCACCAGACUUUAAUGCCAAGACAUUUUUUUAACAUUAUACUGUCAGCAGUUUGGAAAUGUUUCUCUAUUUGAAGAAAGACGAAAGGUUGUAAUAAACUGCAAAUUGUGCAUUGCUUUAGAGAACUGAAAACGAUGGAGGGGCAGUGACUAUUUUCCAACGUUCCCAAGCAAUAAGGUACACACAGAUAUGCACUCACACAUAUAUAAUAAAAAUAGACAAACAUUUCAUCCCCCUUCCUAAAAUGGUUCAUUUCCUCUCACAGUGAAGAUAAAAAUGUUGGUGGUUCCCGAGGAUGUCCAAUAUUUUAAAAUGAACCAUAUUCACUAUAACAUACAUCACUUGCCUAAAAUACUGCCUUUCAGAAGAGCCAGUUGUUCAUUGUUUUUGCUACCUGCUGAAAAAUUUUAAAUGUGUGGCUGUUUUUCUUCUCACCUUCAAAACAGGACAACUCAUCCCAAGGAUUUUCUCCCCUAACGUUGAGGAUUUUUACUCCAGCAUAGACCUGUUUGGAUGGUGGGGAACUGUGGCUGAUGUGUUUGCCAUCCCAAUCUUCAGUGCUCUUCAGAAAGCUGCUUAUUCAGUGGCUGACGAUUGCAACUCCAGCCUACCAAUAGGAUUGGAGACCUUCUGUGAGUCUCUUCAGAGUUUUGUCACUUCUUAGGUUGGCACUCCACUAGUGGCCUACAACAAAAGUACUUGAAUUCAGUUUUAGAUGCUUUAUUUUAUUUUUCUAGUCAAAAACUUUUUUCGGUAUUUUAAGAAGAUUCAGAGUUUUUUCAGUAUUUUAAGAAUGUUAUGGUACUUAUAGAAUUCUUUUUAAUUAGCCGGGAACUCAUUAUUUCCAACAGAGAGCCUUAAUCGUUAUGUUUGGACACAGACCACAUAUUUGGACCGUGGCCACACUGUCUGGCUCUGAAGGCCUGGGAACACGAAUGUGUGAUUCAAAGUAUCUCUUCUGUCCGCAUUAUAAGAGUCUUGACUGGCUUGAGUAAAUUGUUCUCAGAAAUUAAUCUAGAUUCAAUAGAGCAUUUGUAAGCAUUUAUUUUUAGUAUGUAAAUAUCUAAAGCAUUUUGUUUUGGGCCUAGAUCCAAAAGAAUAUCAGAAAUUGUGUAAAUUGACUAUUUUCAUUUUAUGAUUCAUUUAUAAUCCUCAAAAAGAAAACAAAAACUCAAAAAGCACAUAGGCUGGUUAAUUACAGCUAGUUGUUUGUUUGUUUGAACCUUUCUCUAACCAUGUAUGUGAGAGGUGAGGUCUUUAAAGAUUCAACUUGUCAAAUGGUACAUGGAGUUCCUGAUCAGAGUCACCUUGGUGAAUGAAUAAAUGAAAUAAGUGUAUGUUGCUUAUCGGUACUAGUACUUUGGGGUACAAAAUUUUAGUUGCACAGAGAAGGACAAGGAAUCUUCCUCCAGAUUGUCACUAUCCCUACUAGGUGCUUAUUUGUCAUUUCUUUCAGGUCAUUACAAUCCAGCAAUUAUGCAACCUACAUGAACUAAUUUUGAUGAGCAAUUAGGGAUUUUCCUACCUUUUUAUACCAACCUGUGGCCAGUUGUCAGAAUUCAAUAAGGAAGGACCUGUUCUGAUCUAGGCUGGCCUUACACGUACCCACUCAGGUCUUACAGAAUGACCAUUCGAAGAUUUGUCCACCUUUCCUGAUUCAAAAGAAACCUCAUUAAUGGUAUCAUUGUGAGUGGUGGUUUAUAGUCAUUAGAAAACUGUAGGUUCUUCUGACCACUAAAAAAGGAGGCACUUAUUCUGUAUUGCUACUGAAAACUGUCACCUUUUUGGUUUCAUAACUUGUGCUGUUUUACCUCCCUGUAACAAUGAAGGUGAUUUGGGAGGCCAGAGCAAUUUGAAAAAGACAUAUAGUUCCAUGGAUGUGCUUUCCAGCAGGUGUAAUCAUUGCUUUGAUUCUAUGGCUGCUCUAUACAUUUAAUUAAAUUUACAAUUCUGAAAUAACAAGACCACCUUAGUAGGGAGAUUAGCUGAUUAGCUAAUCAAGCAUAGGUUUUAUUUCUUCAGAGACCUGAUCUCCUGCUAAGACAUUAGGGGUACAACGAUAGUCUUAGCAAUCUUGUGCUACUGAGUAGUUGAAAAUCUCUUGUUUAGUGUAUACAAAUAUCUGUGAGCACAAGUAGUGUGUUAAGCACUUUCUAGUCAAUGAAUUAGGACUUUAAGAGGGCGCAUCAAUUCUUUUAUAGGUCGUAGGGUCUCCAUUCAAUGUCUGUUAAUAGUAUUUAUCACAUAUUCAUGGGCAUCUAGGCUAUUCCAUAAAUAAUGGACUAAAUUAUCAUUUCUUAGCCUCAAGAGGUUAUUAUUCAUCUCUAAAUGCAUCUCUUAACUACAAGAAGAUUAACUUGGUACGGAGGAUGACAGAAUUUUCUAGAGAGAAACCCUCUUUUUUGCAAAUAGUCUCCAUUUUUCCCCUAAUAGCUUUCAAAUGUGGAUUAUGUGUAUGAGAUCUAUAAGAUAUGCAUUGCACAUCUUUCUUGAUUUUGAGGACCCCCGACAGAGGGAGAUCUGAGGUCUGUCAGUUAAUUAACAGGUUGUAAAAGAAUAUUCAAAGAACUUGAUUAAAAGUACCACCCCCUAAAACACACAUACUUUCUCUCUCUCUCUCUCUCUCUCUCUCUCUCUCUCUCUCUCUCUCUCUCUCUCUUUCUCUCUGAUUGGAUAAUAGUGCAAUCAUUUCUAUUCAGGACAGGGUAUAGACAAGACUUUGCCCAGAUACUAGGCAGGGCAUUAUAUGUUUUUUCAAAGAAAAUUGCUGUUUUCCUUUAUUAUGCUCGUUUGAGCAUUAAACAACAAAUGAAUCAUUUAUACAAUUUUUCUUACUUCUACCCCAGCUGAAAGAAAAUCUGAAGAGAGGUUAGUCACUUCUACCAAACCAUGGGUUCUUAAAAUUCAAAUAUACAUGAAGGAUACCUUUUACAAAUCAGUUGUGUUAUUCUUUUUAUGAAUUAUAUUAGAGUUCUUUAAAUAUGUGAGAGAUCUGUUCAGUUCUUCUGUACAUCAGAAUUGCAGCCUCACCUGAAAUGACCUGUUUAUACUCUUUCGUCAUUGUUAUUGUCUUAAACUGGAGAUGUUUUAAAAUUCCAGCCUAAUUUUUUAUGCCUGUUAUAUUUUUAACAGAAUUUUAUCAGAAAAUGUGUUUGAAAAAUUUUCAGGAACAAGUUAUAGCCUAGAGAAAAAAUAGCACAUUUCCCCCCAAAUUAAUGUUUAUUAUUGCAUCUUCUGCCUGAUAUAAAUUAUAUCACUAGUUCUUUUAAAACAUUUGAAGGUAUAGCUCUUCCUUAGGCAAAAGUUGAUGAUCACUGUUUCAACUGCUGUUUCAGCUGCCUCAAAGUCACAAGAAAUCCAAGGAACUAUGUUUAAUUAGGUGCUAAAAUUAAUGGCUGAUUGUCAACACAAAGCAAUAUUGUCAUUUUACUUCGAUGUGUGACAGCAUCUAUUUAUUCAAGAGAACAUGUUUUCUUAAUUUUUGUAAUUCUGUGUAUUUAUUCUUUUUUUAACUGGUAUUUUACAAAGUGAAAGCACCAAGCACCUGGUUAUCACUUACACAUAUCCCUGGCACUCACUGAAUGAGAAGCAGUCAGUAACGGUGCCAUCUGAAUGUUCAUCUGAGAGAUCAGCUGAACUGUUGUCAGAGAAGCAAGUCUGUAACAUAUUCUCUAACAUAUGGUGAUUUAAAGGAAAAACUUUCUUGAGGAAUUCUGAGUCCUUAAGCUUUUCUUAUAUGAAAACAUUCAAAUUCUUCAUUAUCACUUAGAUCUUCAUAAUUUCCCUGCUGCAGCAUAAUCCCCAUUGAGAAGUUUUCAUCACUAACUUAAGAAAGUUUUUCCUGCAUCUCUGACUCACCAAGAGGAUGGCAAUGGAAAUGUAAAUACAUGUACUCCUCAGAUAUGUCCACAGUAGAAGAUUUGGCCUAAAGCUUUAAAAAAGGAAAAAAAAAAAAGGUAAACUUAAGAAACGACAACGGAGCCAAUGCAUGGUGACUCCCCGGAUAGCAAUAGCAAUGAAAACAUGGUGGUUAUCUUAUUUCAUUCUUUUUAGUUAUUUUCAUGGUUCUAGGCAUGGAAUCAGCAGGCAGUAAAGUAGUGUGGUUUUUUCAAAAGAAUGUACUCCAUGGAUUGCAGCAUGGCUAUAAUUUCAAGACUUCUGCUAUUCUAAAAGUCAUUCACAUCAAGACUGAAUUGCAAUUUUGUAAAUGAGUAAAUGCCAAGAUUUCCUUUCAGUCCUCCAUGUAAUAGUCAGUCUCAUUCAGUGUGGUAUAGUGAUACUGUUGAUUUGUGCUGCUCCACCAGAUUAGCAUUGGCUGCUGAGAGCCCAGUAGGUACUGAUGGUUAUUUCCUGGAUAUCUUGACAAGUUCAUUGUACAAUGCUUUGGGGAAAUUGGGGGGGGGGGUGUAGGGUUAAAAUAAAA